UAGCUCCGCUGCCAUUUUUACCCCGCUGUCUGUUUGCUGUGGUUACUGUUAGCAGCAGCAUGGCGGCUUCCAUCGUCGCCGUGCGAAUUUAAAAGCAUUUCCCAGGUUCCAAAGGAGUUCCGACCACAGCGGCCAUAGAGUUCUUUCGUAGGAGGACUUUUUUUUAUUCCACAACUCACGUCGACUUUUUCCAUCGUCUGUGCGGAGCGUUUGCGGGACUAAAAUGGCGGCUUCGCCAUGCUAGCUGGCAGCGCACACAUCCAGCAAGAAAAUAAAGAUGCGUGACCAGCCAAGGAUGUUUAUUUGAUUUCAUUCUUCUUUUUGAGUCACAACCGAACGGACGCUGACCACCACCGGCUGGACGAAGCAGCUUUAAUCCCGUUGGCAGACAUAAGGUAGUCUCUGUCGGCUAGUUAGCCUCCCGCGCUGGUUGGCUAAUGCUAACCUGGAGCUUGUAGCGGAGCGCAGCUUUUAAUUUUUCAAACGUCGGACUGCCGCCUGAGUUUGGACUGUGCUGGGAGCCAGCAGGGUGAUGGAUUCGGUACCGGGGAGCCCCGCCGUGCAGCAGCCGCGGUGGAAACGCGUGGUGGGCUGGACGGGCCCUGUGCCGCGGCCCCGGCACGGACACCGAGCCGUGGCCAUCAAGGAGCUGAUGGUGGUGUUCGGCGGAGGCAACGAGGGCAUCGUGGACGAGUUGCACGUCUACAACACCGCUACCAACCAGUGGUUCAUCCCGGCAGUGCGCGGUGACAUUCCACCUGGCUGCGCUGCCUACGGCUUUGUGUGUGAUGGGACGCGGCUGCUGGUGUUCGGAGGAAUGGUGGAGUACGGCAAGUACAGCAAUGACCUGUACGAGCUGCAGGCCAGCCGCUGGGAAUGGAAGCGUCUGAAGGCCAAAGCACCAAAGAAUGGCCCACCCCCCUGUCCCAGACUGGGACACAGCUUCUCCCUGAUUGGUAGCCGAUGCUUUCUGUUUGGGGGACUUGCAAAUGACAGUGAAGACCCCAAGAACAACAUCCCCAGGUAUCUGAACGAUCUCUAUUGCCUGGAACUAAGACCGGGCUCCAGUGUGGUCGGCUGGGAGAUUCCGGCGACAGUGGGUCAGUCGCCGCCACCCAGAGAGAGCCAUACCGCUGUGGUGACCGGCGGCCGCAUUAGCACCAACCGGCUUAUCAUCUACGGGGGGAUGAGUGGGUGCAGACUGGGAGACCUCUGGGUGCUCAAUGUUGAUUCUUUAACGUGGACCAAACCAGCAGUCAGCGGCACGGCUCCCCUGCCCCGCAGCCUGCACUCCGCCACCAACAUCAACAACAAGAUGUACGUGUUUGGUGGCUGGGUUCCUCUGGUGAUGGACGAUGUGAAGGUGGCGACACAUGAGAAAGAAUGGAAGUGUACCAACACGCUGGCCUGCCUCAACUUGGAAACCAUGUGCUGGGACACGGUGGUGAUGGACAGUGUGGAGGAAAACCUCCCCAGAGCCCGAGCUGGUCACUGCAGCGUCGCUAUUAACUCCCGGCUGUACAUCUGGAGCGGGCGAGAUGGGUACAGGAAGGCCUGGAACAACCAGGUGUGCUGCAAGGAUUUAUGGUACCUGGAGACAGAGCAUCCCUGCGCUCCAUCCCGGGUCCAGCUCGUCCGUGCCAACACCUUGUCUUUGGAGGUGAGCUGGGGGCCGUCGCAGACAGCCGACACCUACCUUCUGCAGUUGCAGAAGUACGACAUUCCUUCCACACCUGCUCCCACCUCACCUGCCUCCUGCACCACAACCAGCCCAGUGCCGGCAGUCAGCGCCCCCAAGAGUCCCACCCUGGUUGUGUCAGCUCCAGCCACCCAGACCAGUCUGCCACCUGGCUUCACGCUUGUCCCCUCCACCACUGCCUCAGUUCCUGGAAGCCCACUAGCUGCCGCCGCCAAAGAACCUGCCGUGCUGAAGCUGGCUGCUGCUUCCAGUGCCACCGGCGGAAGCUCGAUAGUCACAGUGAGACAAGCUGUGCCCAAAGCUCCUGUCGCUGUCACGCUGCCUGCUGGCGUUCGAAUGGUGGUUCCAGCACAGGCAACCCAGAGCACGACGGUGGGCAGCAGUCCUCCCAUGAGUGGCAUGGCAGCACUGGCGGCAGCCGCCGCCGCGACCCAGAAGAUCCCGUCCUCCACAGGAACUGUGAUGAACGUCCCGGCAGGAGCAACGAUUGUGAAGACGGUCGCUGUCAGUCCUGGGUGCAGCAGCCUGCCAGUUAAAGUGGCCGCUCCAGUCAUGGUUGGUAACACGGCCACCAGGAUGCUGAAGACAGCUGCAGCUCAAAUGGGCGGGGCCUCUGUAGUUUCCACCCCUGGAGCUCCCAGCAGACCGAUCAUCACAGUCCACAAGUCUGGGACUGUAACCGUCGCCCAACAGGCUCAGGUGGUGACAACAGUGAUGGGUGGAGUCACCAAGACCAUCACGCUGGUGAACAGCCCACUUGGUGUGGGAGGGGGCGGAGCUCUGCUUGGUAACCUUGGCAACCUGGGGAAGGUGGUGUCAGUGGUGCAGACCAAACCAGUUCAGAGUGGAGCGAUUACCGGUCUGGCUGGGAGCAGCCCGCUCACGCAGAUCAUCCAGACGAAGGGCGGCCUUCCAGCAGGUACCAUCCUCAAGUUAGUGACCUCACCAGACGGCAAACAAACGAUCCUCAACACCACGCAGUCCGGCUCCACCAUCCUGGGCGUCUCCCCCACAACCUCCAAACCCGGGACCACCAUCAUCAAAACAAUACCGGUGUCAGCACUGCAGAGGAGGGCAGGCAUGAACAGUCCAAUCACCAUCCUCACCACAAAGGUGGUGACACCCGGAGCAGCCGGAAAAAUCAUCACAGCUGUUCCCAAACUCACUGCAGCCACUGGCCAGCAGGGGGUCACACAGGUGGUGUUAAAAGGUGCUCCAGGGACACCUGGCACCAUCCUCCGGACCGUCCCGAUGAGCGGUGUCAGGUUGGUGUCACCGGACACUGUUGGUACCAAACCCACGGUCACCACUCUGGUUGUCAAGGCAACCACAGGUGUGUCCAGCUUGGGGACAGUAACGGGAAGUAUCUCCACCGCAGUGGCUGGAGAAGCCAAUUCAGCCACCACUGCUUCCUUGGCAACCCCCAUCACCACACUGGCAACAAUUGCCAUGUUGUCAGGUCAAGGCAACGCAGCAACAGCUGCACAAGCAGGACCCAAACAGGUAACGCUGAUCACUACUCCGAGUGGCGCCGAAGCACAACCUCUGGUCCAGGAUUUGCCGGUCUCCUUCAUGGCUUCUCCCACAUCAGAAGAACCGGAAAGUACGACAGGUACAUCUACAGCUACUACUGCAGAGGAUGAGGAAGAAAAAUCUGUAGCUGCUACAGACACAGUGAUGUUGAUCUGCUCCAAUCCGCCCUGUGAGACUCACGACACCGGGACCACCAGCACCGCCACGGUCGCCAUGGCCACCAUUGGCGGCACAGAGAGAGUCUGCUCCAACCCACCAUGUGAGACUCAUGACACCGGGACCACCAGCACCGCCACAGUCGCCACGGCUAGCAUUGGCAGUGCAGAGAGAGUCUGCUCUAACCCGCCAUGUGAGACUCACGACACCGGGACCACCAGCACCACCACGGUCGCCACGGCAACCAUUGGUGGUGCAGAGAGAGUCUGCUCCAACCCGCCAUGUGAGACCCACGACACUGGGACCACCAACACAGCCACAACAGCGGGAGCAGGAGGGCUCAGACAGGUUUGUUCGAACCCCCCUUGUGAAACUCACGAGACGGGAACCACGAACACGGCGACAACAGCUACAGCUCAACAGGGCAACGGCGGCGCUCAGGGCGAAGGAAACGCCACAGAGGCAGCCUCUUCAUCAGAUGUCACCACGUCCACCAUAGCCAAUCAGGGCAGAGCUGUCACCAUGGUCACUCAGGCCACACCCACUCCAGGGCCCUCAAUACCAGAGAUUUCAUCAUUGGUCGGAGAGGAGAGGGCGGAGUCUUCGGAGGCUGAAGCGGUCAUGGUGGGGACAGCGGAGGGGGGGGAGGAGCCUAUGCCGACGGAGAGCCAGGCCCAGCAUGUGAUGUCAUCCGCAGCUUCUGUGUUGCAGGUUCACACGGAGGUUGGCGAGACAGCACAGAUGGAAUCCACAGUCAGUGGCCUCCCACAGGAGUUGAUGUCAUCAGAAGCUGAUGGCGGCGAUGUGGAUUCAGGUGUGACCACGCUGAUGGUGGCAACUGGGCUAACUCCGGAGCAGCUGGCUGUUACCACGGCUGCAGGUGAAGCCGCUCAGCAGGCGACAAUACAAGCCGUACUGCAGGCGGCGGGCCAGGCCAUACUCGGAGGCGAGGGCGCUGUGGAUCAGUCCAUCCCCAUUGUUCUGACCCAGCAGGAGCUGGCAGCUCUGGUACAACAGCACCAACAACUACAGGAUGCCCAGAACCAUCCGCAGGCCCCGGCAGAACAAGAACCACAUCACGGCCCCGUGCCCACAGAGGGCCUCGCUCCAGCAGACAGCCUCAACGACCCGGCGGCUGAGAGUAACGGACACGAGCUGACGUCAUUAGCAGUGACUAGCGCCGUAGCCCGAUUGGCCAGUACAUUUGGACCGGCCCCUCCUUUGACGGCCAGCCCGGUGAAGAUCCAGGUGGUGACCACUACAGCAGAGGUGGCCAACGGUGUCACUGCCACAGUCGGGAAACAAAGCGUCCCAGCCGUGAAGCCAGCCGCGAAGGAGAACCAGUGGUACGACGUUGGGAUCGUCAAGGUUACCAAUAUGGUGGUCACCCACUACUACGUCCCCUACGAUGACGCCACGGCUGACGACGACUCGGGCACCGUGCCGGACUACAGCCAGAUGAAGAAGGUGGAGCUGCAGCCGGGAACCGCCUACAAGUUCCGCGUUGCAGGGAUUAAUAUCUGUGGCCGAGGGGCGUUCUCCGAGGUGUCAGCCUUCAAAACGUGUCUGCCCGGAUUCCCCGGAGCACCGUGCGCCAUCAAGAUCAGCAAGAACCUGGACGGCGCCCAGCUAACCUGGGAGCCGCCCGCUGUCACCUCGGGGAAGAUCGUGGAGUACUCCGUGUACCUGGCCAUCCAUUCCAGCCAGGCCGCGCCCUCUGGGUCGGGUCCAGCCCAGCUGGCCUUCAUGCGGGUAUACUGUGGUCCAAACCCGUCCUGCCUAGUCCAGGCCUCCAGUCUGGCCAAUGCACACAUCGACUACACCACCAAACCCGCCAUCAUUUUCCGCAUCGCCGCUCGCAACCAGAAGGGCUACGGGCCGGCCACUCAGGUCCGGUGGCUCCAAGAAAUGGGUAAAGACAGUGCCAAAGCGGCAGUGAAACGACCUGGAGCUGCUUCAGAACUUAAACCUGCCGGACCAAAGAAGUUCAGAGCCGACCAAUAGGAGGAGAAGACAGUCUUCAACUCCGCCUUGCAGUUUGUUAGCAGGACGAUGAGGAAUGAGAAAGACUUGUAGGAUAUUUGUACAUGGACCAGUCAGGACGAUGGUUUUCUUGUUUUUGUGGUGGAGAUGUACCCGGACGCCGAUGAAGAGUCUCGUUUUUUUUCAUCUUCUUCUGUCACAAUAAUGGACCUUCACCAAACACGUAGUUUUCUCUGUCAGUCACCCCUGAGAGGUCAAAGGUCAGGGUGUUGCUUUCAGCUUUGUUGUAAAUUUGUUUCUUUACGUAGCAAACAAAGUAUUUUCUUUUUUUAUUAUUAUUAAAAGCUAUAAUUUGUUUUCUUUGUGUGUGUGGGGGGGGGGCUGAUAUCAGCGGAGUUCAGCCAUUGGGCCAUUUGUGUGCCGACCGCUGAUGUUUUUGGCUGUUUGGAAAAAGAAUUCUGUGAAUAUUCUGUGGAAAAAAUAAAGAUUUUUAGAGCAUUUUUUAAAA